AUGCCCAUCAACUUCCCCUCCUUCAAGCUCUCCCUCUCUACUAUAACUACCCUCCUCCUCCUAUCCAUCCCACCAACAACAGCCUACUUCUACAAAUACCCUGCCCUCUUCGUCUACAAAGACACCAACUGCACCGAUAUCUCCUUCUCACUGGUUUACCCCAGCCUGGGCGACUGCAACGGCGGGUACUACAACUACGCGGGCUCAUUCCAGAUGUUCAAUAUUGACGCCGCAUAUACCUGCAACGACAGUGACACGACACUUACGUUCGAAAUGUAUAAUAGUUCUGGAACAGGCUGUGGCGAUGAGAGUGAUUUGUUGUUUAGACAGCCUGUUACGGAGGAGUGUACGGCUGCGGAUGUGGAGAGUCCUGGGCCGCUGGAGAUGCCGGUUUGGUUUGAGUUGGGCUGUAUGUAA